GUGCCCACAAAAGACUUGGAUUUACUUCCAUCGAAAAAGCGUUUCGGGUUAAAGCCAUUCACAUGCAUGAGGACUUUACCAUGGAGACUCUGAAACAUGACAUUGCUGUUCUUGAGCUCCGAGGCUCAGCAACGAUCAGUGAUGAGGUGUCAACAGUUUGUCUUCCCUCUGAGGAACCGAAGCCUGGGACGGAAUGUUUUGUAACAGGAUGGGGCCUUGUUUCAGAAAGCGAACAAGCGAACAUCCUGCAACAAGGGCAGAUGCCUAUAGUGUCGAACAAAGAUUGUGCCAAGAAAUACACUCGGUUUGAGAGCAAAGCUCACUUAUGUGCUGGGAAAGGACAGGAAAGCAGUUCAGCUGGAUGUCAUGGCGAUAGUGGAGGCCCUCUGGUAUGUGAACAGGGUGACUCUUGGUAUCUGCAUGGUGCUGUUAGUUUUGGCAAAAAGGGAUGUUUGCCAACCGCUUACACUGUGUUCGCAAGAAUCACAAGUUAUAUCCCAUGGAUUAUGGAUAAAAUAGGAGGGAGCCCGCCUUUACCAGUGACGCCACCUUCCCCUGCAACACCACCCAAGCCGUCUCCAGCGAAACCUGGGCCUGGUUGCCGGGAUAACCAAACAUAUUGUCCUAGUUAUAAGCACUACUGCAUCAAAUAUCCGAGCUUCAGAAAGGUUUGCCGCAAAACCUGUAGUGCUUGCUGAGCAACAUCGAAAGAUCACAAAUCAAAUGAAAUAGAUUAAACCUUUAUAACCCUCAUAUAAAGCUGCUGUGUGUUUUUGUU